AUGUCAAAAGAUACACCGACUUCCUCCAAAACGUAUGCGUUUCUGACAUCCGGUUUGCCUCGUACGACAGAUGAGACAACAUGGCAGUAUAAUAUGCGAAAGCUUUUGACUAUCAAAAGCCUAGACGAUUUAAGAACAGCGAGUGAGAAUUCCACCAUGAGCAGAUGUUUGGGACCAUUUGAAUUAAUAAUGCUUGGAAUUGGUGGAUCGGUAGGAGCAGGAAUUUUCGUGUUGACCGGCCAGGUAGCCGCAAUUCACGCAGGCCCUGCUAUCGUCCUAUCAUAUCUCGUAUCUAGUUUGGUUGCUCUUUUUGCCGCACUAUGUUACUCCGAACUCGCCUCAAUGAUUCCAAUCUCUGGCUCGGCUUACACUUACGCAUAUGCCACUAUGGGUGAACUGAUGGCUUGGAUAGUCGGCUGGACACUAAUACUCGAAUAUCUCGUUUCGACAGCCGCUGUAGCCGUGGGAUGGUCCUCAUACUUUGUCCAUCUCUUUGAGGAUGCUUUCUCUGUAUCCUUGAGUAACUCGACCACCAUGUCUCCGUUACUAUUCGACGUCACGACCCAGUCAUUUCAGACAGUUCCCGGAACAUACUUUAACGUACCGGCAUUCGCCGUGGUUGUACUUCUUACAGUUGUAUUGGUCCUCGGAAUCAAGGAAUCGGCUCGGUUUAAUAAUGUCAUAGUGGUGUUUAAAGUAUUGGUGAUUCUUUUGUUUAUCUUUUCUGCCGCACCCUCGAUAAAAUCCGAAAACUACAAACCGUUUGUACCCAAGAACGAGGGAACUUUUUCUGCUUAUGGUGCAUCGGGUAUCUUCUCUGGUGCAUCGAUUGUGUUCUUUGCUUACAUUGGAUUCGAUGCCAUCUCAACUGUUGCACAAGAGACAAAGAAUCCAUCAAGAGAUUUGCCAAUCGGGAUUUUGGGAA